GCGGGGCUCUGGCUCCACUCGCCCCCAGGCAUUGGUGUGCGGCCCGGAGGCUCGCCAGAGCCGCUUCCCGGGAUUCUUGAGGGAGCUUGUCCUGGGGCGCAGAUGGAGGGAGCCACGGUUCGGCUGCUACGCGGCUGCGCGCUGCUAAGAAGAAACUUCCCAAUUUGCCUGUCUUCCUGGAAAAAUCCUCCUCAUGUUCUAAAAUCUUCCCAGUCAGAAGCUGGACUCAAAACAACAAAUAAGGCACAACCCUAUGCCCCUCUGCAAACAUUUACAGAUGAGGAGAUGAUGAUAAAGAGCGCAGUUAAAAAAUUUGCCCAGGAACAGAUUGCUCCUUUGGUUUCAAAAAUGGAUGAAAAUUCAAAAAUGGAAAAAUCAGUAAUACGAGGAUUAUUUCAACAAGGGUUGAUGGGUGUUGAAAUUGACACCAAAUAUGGAGGAACAGGAGCUUCAUUUUUUUCCUCUAUCCUAGUGAUAGAGGAAUUAGCCAAAGUUGAUGCGUCUGUGGCUCUGGUAUGUGACAUCCAGAACACGAUAAUUAACAGGCUAAUUGGAAAAUACGGAACAGAAGAACAGAAGGCUAUCUAUUUGCCCAAGCUAGCUACAGAACAAAUGGGAAGUUUCUGCCUUUCAGAGGCUGGAGCAGGUAGCGAUUCAUUUGCUUUGAAGACCAAAGCUGAUAAAAAGGGAAAUUAUUAUGUCAUCAACGGGUCAAAGAUGUGGAUUAGCAAUGCCAAGGAUGCCGGGCUCUUCGUGGUGAUGGCAAAUGUAGACCUUACUCUUGGGUAUAAAGGAAUUACCUGCUUCUUGGUAGAUCGUGAUACUGAGGGCCUUCAUAUAGGGAAACCAGAGAAUAAAAUGGGAAUCAGAGCUUCUUCUACCUGCCCAUUAACGUUUGAAAAUGUCAAGGUUCCAGAAGCCAAUAUCCUGGGACAAAUUGGACAUGGCUAUAAGUACGCCAUCGGGGGUCUUAAUGAAAGUAGAAUAGGAAUUGCUGCACAGAUGCUGGGACUGGCUCAAGGAUGUUUUGACCACACUAUUCCAUAUAUUAAAGAAAGGGAACAAUUUGGCAAAAGAAUAUUUGAUUUUCAGGGGCUCCAGCACCAAGUGGCUCACAUGGCCACCCAGCUAGAAGCUGCAAGAUUACUCACAUACAACGCUGCAAGGCUUUUAGAAGCUGGAAGGCCAUUCAUUAAAGAAUCAUCUAUGGCCAAGUACUAUGCAUCAGAGAUUGCGGGCCUAAUAACUGGCAAAUGUAUCGACUGGAUGGGAGGAGUAGGCUACACCAAAAAUUACCCCGUGGAAAAAUACUUCCGAGAUGCGAAGAUUGGUACGAUAUAUGAAGGAACUUCAAAUAUGCAGCUGAACACCAUUGCAAAGCGCAUAGAUUCAGAAUACUGACAGCCACGGGAGUAGGACCCCUCCCUGGUGUCACUGGUGUAAAAUUUUAAACUAUUGUGCCUUGUUGGGGGCUGCAUUGAACGAUUUUAUUUAGGCCCUUCACCUUGGAUCUGGAGGUAGACCUUUCCUGUCUCCUCUUUCCAAUCUGCUUAACUUAGGUGCAGAAAAUCAUUUUUAAAUUUUGGGAAGAAAUACAUCCAUAUUUUCUCCAAAACUAUUUUUAAAACUCUAUGUGCAUUAUCAUUUUAGCUUCAGGGUAUAUAGAAUUUCACUGUAUUGGAAUUUGGAAAAAUAAAGACAAUAUAAGUAUUUCUUGCAGACAUGGGUAUUUUAUAUCCCUGUCAUUGUGCAUCAGUCAGAGAGACGUUUGUGAUAGUUGGCAAUUCUAUAGAAGAAAUAGAUUCGAUUCUAAGUUGCUAAACUAGGUAGCAACUGAUAAAAAUUUAUUUAGAAAAAUCUAAAAGUUUUAGUUCUGAAUAUCUGAAAAUGAGUGGAAAAUGGAGGGUAUAACUCUGUAGUUUAUAUAAUCAAAGAAAGCAUUUCAACAAAGGAAAGCAAUAUAAUUUGCUACUAUAAUUGACCAGUAUGAAAGGUGCAUUUCAUUAUGGUAUGAAAGGUGCAUUUCAUUAUGGUUUCAGUAGAUCUUUUUUUUUUUUUUUUUUUUUUUUUUUGCGGUACGUGGGCCUCUCACUGUUGUGUGGCCUCUCCUGUUGCGGAGCACAGGCUCCGGACGCGCAGGCUCAGCGGCCAUGGCUCACAGGCCCAGCCGCUCCGCGGCAUGUGGGAUCUUCCCGGACCGGGGCACGAACCCGUGUCCCCUGCAUCGGCAGACGGACUCUCAACCACUGCGCCACCAGGGAAGCCCCAGUAGAUCAUUUUAAAAACAAGUCUCUACAUUAGUUUUCAAGUAUGAAAUUUAAAUAAUUUUGUUUAAUAAUUAGAAUAUACUCAAUAUUGUAAUAUCUAUUUUUUUCUGUCUUUAAAUUGAAUACUGUUUUCUCAAACUUAGUUAUUGAGCUUUAUCAUGAAUAGUAAUUCAGAAAUUAUAUUUUAGUUCAGUGAUUCUCAAGAGGAGAUGUCUUGUCCCCAUAAAGAAGUGUAUUAAAAUCUUGUAAGGAAUGAGGGAUAGAAGGGAGCUGUGGAGUUCAAAAAGCAUAUUUGGUAAUAGAAAAAAUGACAUUUCUGGGAAGGCAAAAAUAAAUCUGUUGUUUUACAGUCAAAUUAUGGAAAGGCAAAGCUCAACAUAAUAGACGGCUGGCGAUGCCAUUUCUUCAGUAUCAGGGAUUCUCAAUCAGAGAGACCUUGUAGGGUACAGGUCCUCAGUCCCCUCAGGAGGGAGGAGGACAGUGAAAGGUGAGUGUUUUAUAUUUUCUGGAAGGGGGCAUGGGUUAGAGGUGUUGGAAAAUGUUUCAAGGCUCAUACAGUUGCUUAAAGUAAUCACUGCUGUCAAAAGGGAAGCACUUUAGUACUUUAAUGAAAGGAUAAUGCUUAUUAAGAAAACGUGACAUUUUCAAAGUAAUUUUGCUUUGCGCAUUCAUGUUCAUUGAAUUGGGUUAAUUUCUAUAAUGGAUACCAUAGUUAAAUAUUCAGAAUUGUGUAAAUACGAUUGAGACAGGAAUUACAUUAAAAUAUUAGGAAGAAAUACGGACAAAUUUAGACCUUAGGUCAAAAGAGAGAAAGUCUACUUGAUUUUCAGAUAGGGCUGAUGGAAGCCAGUCAUUCAGUGUUUUAGAACAAAAAGACAGUAAUCUGAUAAGGAAAGUAGGGGUUGGAGGAAAUGCCCUAAAGGGGGGCUUGGACAUCUUUAAUUUCUGUGAUUAUGCGAGAGAGGUGGGCUUUUCAGGUAACGGAAUAGAAGCCAAUGGUUAGUAAAGAGAAUCCUAGCUUCCUCCUGUAGAGUUACAAACACGUGAAACUACAAUAAGCCUCUUUCAGGUUAGUAGCAUGAGAGAGGCUCCCAUGUACAUCUAGACCUUGAAUUUAUAGUUCAUAUUGAUACAGUUCUAAUUGUGUGUAUAUUUUUUGUACAGGUUCACAAAUAACAGUUGAAAAUUAAUUAUGUACUGUAAUUAAUAUCUGUACCUGCCUUCUAUUACUGAAUUGUGUUAUUGUACCGUUUACCAAAGAGGAUGUUGUGGGUUGUCCCCAUAGUUCUUCCAUUAUAGCUUCUCUUAAUAACCAUGACUUUGGGGGUCUUGAGUUUGUGUCUAGUGGAGGACGAGCUUGUUUACCUCCUGAAACCUGUCAUUACUGUUCGUUAAUUUGAGGAUAGGGCUGUCACGGGGCUCAGAAGGAAGAGACUUGAACACAAGCAACAAGUCGUAUUUGUGUGGCAGAGCUGGACUCAACCCAACUGCCAAGGUAGUAUUGUUAGACGUUUCACUUUACAACACAAAAAUGAAUUGGUGUCAAAGAUUUUAGAAUUAUGGAAAGCUAAAUCUAGAAAGAGUUUAGAGAACCAUCCAGCCAACUCUCUCAUUUAAGAGUGAAGGAUUCAUGUAACCCAGAAUACUUGCCCAAGGUCAUCCAUCCAUCCAAGGCCAAAGAUAAGACAAGGAUCCAAAUGUACUAGGUCCCAAUUCAGUGCUCUUCCUACUGUUUACUGCUGUCUCUG